AUGAAUGAGAAAACUGUAGGAGGGAGUUCUUCAUCCAUUUCCAAGGAUGUGACCUCUGAACCCCCAGCUCCCAGUGAAGUGGUCACUGACGUGGUAAUUGAAGCGGUCACUGAAGCGGUACCUUUUCAGCCUGCUGCUGUUGCUCAUAUCGAAUCAGUCGCAGUAGAACUCGGCAGCACAGGCCGAACACAAAGCCUUCCGGAAACCUGCACAACACUGGACAUUCAAAAAUCACUCCCAGCUCCUCUAACACCUCCUCCUCCACCACCACCUCUUCCUGCAACAGAAAUCCCUGAUCUUCCACUUCCAUCUCCCCCAAUCCUUCCUCCACCUCCGCUGUCUUCCAAACCUUCUUCUACCUCCAGUCCUCCUCUUCCUCCAACACCACCCCCCAUUGAGAGCCCCCAGCGUCCUACCACCCUCAAUCUAAAGACGCUUCCUCGGCCCACUGUCAGGGAGAAUGGCGGCCCCCCUCCUGGAAUGAAUGAGGAUGAGGAGGAGAGAAAAAUGCUGGAAGAGGAUCUGAAAAAAUGCAUUGAGGAAUUCAAAAAGAUCCGCUUGCCCACAGUAUUUCCAGAUCGCAAGAGGCACUGGCAGAGUGACUUACUCAAGAAGUACAAUGCAUAGAGAGCUUUGUUGUGGCACCGCUGUGAACACACUUGACAAGGAUUUUAAAACAACAGGCUGUGAGCAGUGGACUGAGGCUAAUUUAGUUCUGAUUUAAACUGUGCGAAGAGUGUCAGCAAGUUUACUUAGACCUCUAAUAGCUUUUGCAUGUCAGCAGAACCAAAGUGUUUAAACGUAGUGUUCAAGCUGAGCUUAUCUAGUAAUUACACCAACAUAAUAACACAGAGAUGUCUUUUCCCAUGAUAGAUGCCAACAUCCCUAUAGAAUUUAUUAGUCAUACAUCUUUGUUCCACACAGCUAUUUUGGAGCAUUGACAUAAUGUUUUUUAAUAAUUUUCUUGACACUAAAUCAAAUGAUAAUGUAUGUCACGUAAUUAAGUAGAAAAUUCUACUCUUCUUGCUGUAGCAUGUCCUCUGAUUGAGCAACUGGAAAAUGUCAGCAAAGUGUGAAGCUUUAUGC